CUUUGGUAUCCUUCCUUAUAGACUAGGCGCCUCAUACCUUCCAACUACGGGCAACUAGACUGCGCUUCGCAAAGGGGAGGCGCGGUCUCACGCCGUCCUUGCCAGAAUCCUUGGCUACUCAACGUACCAUACUCCAGCCUCCGCUUUGGUGCGUGCAUCACGCAGCCGCCCGUCACAAUGAGCUCAGCACACACUUCACCAUGGGAUCGAAAGCUGACUAGCCUAAGCGGCUUUGAAACGCUUCCUUCUGAGCUCAAGACGUACAUUACUCAGCUUGCCUGCCGUCUUCCACCAAUCCGCUGUCGAGCGCGUCGAGAUGCCUCACCGACAACAGUUGACAAGAGCACAGCGCUGAGCUUGGCUCUUGUCUCUUGCGACUUCUACAACAUUGUGAUUGUGGAGCUCUACAAGCACAUUCGUAUCACCCGCCCUAGUGCACUUCAGAUGCUUGUCACCACCUUCACCACACGCGCAGCUUUGGGCAAGCUGGUGCAAAGCUUAUUCGUAGGCGUCGAACAGCACAUCGACGAGGAUUGGUGGCCUCUUCGAAUCGUCACUUCGCCUGCAUUGCAAGGACAAAAACAAUGCCGUACCGUCUUCAGAGUAUCAUUGGGCCACCAAGACUCCAUUCGGCCAUCGUGGUGCUGUCCCAGCCAUGACUUCGAUCUCAAUGAAGAGCUCAAUGAAGAGCUUGACAACAAGGAUUUCGUCGCAAGUCCCAUGCGCGCUGUCAGCGCUGCCAUCAAAGCUGCUGCUCAAGGGAUAGGAGUCAGUCUUUUAGAAGCAGAGGCUGAUUCUACUGGAAAUGAAAUCGGCAGCGAUGCUUGGCAUAUUCAAGUACUGGAGACUUGUGCAGCCAUCGAGCUCUUUUUGAUGCGCAUGCGACAAUGCGAGGACGAGCAAAGGAAUGCAAAGCACGAUGUUGACUACCCUGUGCUUGUCAUCACCAAGCCUCCGAUGCCGAAGCAUUCUGUCAACCGUAGUCAUCGCUCUUUCAAGGUCUCACACGGCGAGAUUACGGAGAGGCUAGCCGCUCCAAAGACCAAGUACGAUCGUUUCGAUCAUCCCCUUCUCUUUGCCCGUGUAGGCGUCCCUUGGGCUGCUCGAGGACCAGAUGGCCAAUUACACUCUGGGGAUGGAGACGAAGACGCUAUAGUAGUUGCCGAAGGGGAAAACCUCGCCGACGUCUUUUCACCUCGUGAUAGAUACGAGUCACCUUCUUCGGAUGAGCCUCUCGUAGCCAUCAAUAGCGCAUCCCUUUCUCUGGAUCUACCCAGCUUUGCGACGAUAGGCGGUAUCCUCUCGCUCGUUCGGUCUCUUCUUGGCUUCACACCUUCACUACGGACGCUCUCUCUGACGGAGUUCCUCGAGCUUGCUGUCUGCGGAACACAGUCGCCGCCAGCGCUGGACAGGCUGCAAUCUCGUACCCUCUGAUCGAGGUCUGUCUACAUCGCGACAACGUCGCCGCAAUUCUCAAAGCAGCGCCUUCACAACGCAUUCGAGAGGCAUUGAGUGAGGGUGGCUCUCUACCAAACACGUCCCGCCGCCUCAAAAUGAUAGAGCACUCGAACUCUGCGACAGAAAGUGGCUACUCGACAUGGGCCGCCAUCAGCAAGCGUCGUGAUAGUGAAGAGGGGAAUUGGAGUUGGUGGGAGAACAGCGCACUUACGUACGGGACCGAGUCUAUGCGGCUGUACUGAGGCGGGCAGGGCCGAGCUGACCAGCGGUUGGCAAAAUUGGGCGGAUGGCGUCCAGUAUCGUAGGUGAGCGAGAAAGGGCUCACAGCAUGUAACAAAUGAGAACAGUAGUUGGACAACG